AAAAGAUUCGUUUGUUUUUGAUGAUUACCUGCCUGUGGAACUAUUUUUACUGUACGAUUUGAAUAGUAUUUGUGUAGAGGUAACUUCAUUUACUUAAGUGGUAAUUAAUCUUUUGGCACGACGCUAAUAAUACAGUAAAAAUUGUGAAUAUCACGAUGAGUGCUCAAGAGGAAUCCACAAGGAGUACCAGAAAAUCUCUAAAAACAUUGCAGCAUUCUGCGGGCGACCGCGAAAACUUAGUGGGUAGACCAGUAAAAAAUCUGAAACAUCAACUCAGUCAAGAAUCGCCCAUAGAUGUAGAAAUCAAGCGCAAAAACAUUUCUACUAAGGAAACGCAAGCAAAUCUGGACACGAAAAUAUGUGUCGACGAUCUUACAAAUCCUGAGGGAGCCUCCGAAAAGUACUGGAAAAUAUUAGCGGAAAAACGGCAGGUUGCACUUCAGGAGGCUUUAGAUGAAAAUCAAAAAUUGUUAAAAAUUAUCGAAGAUUUGAAAGAAGAGAAUAAAUUGACCAAACAAAUGUUGGAAGAGGCUAACAGUUUCAUUGAAGUUGUUAAGGAGGAACUAGCAAAUAAUAGUAAUGAUACUGGCAUUGAUGUGAAUGAUGUUAGCACUGCUGAUGAAACAGAUCACCAAGUACUAUCUGAGCAAUCUCAUGCUGAAGACUGAGGUUUCCAAUUUCAAGAGUGGAAUAAC